AUGCUCGGUCCUUACGUGGAUGCACCAACCGCCCAACUUCUCUUGCCGCAGGCCCGUCAGAUGCCCCAGAUUGCGUGGCAGAUUAUUAGAAACGCUCUGGAGCAGAACCCACACGCAAGAGACGAUAUUAAUUGCCUAACGGAACUAUUAGCGACCGGGGGCCAGGUAGCAAAUGGCAUCAAUACGGAUCGCCUUGAUACUAGUGCAGUCGCGGAGCCCUCUAACUUUUCACUAAAGCCUGCCGAAAGGCUUCCCUUGACGGAUGAAUGCCACCACUACACAGGCAAGCACGAGGUCCCCUGGGAUAUUCAGAAAUACUUUAGCCAACGGUACUCAAUCUUCUCGUAUUAUGAUAGUGGAGUUCACAUGACCGAUGAUGCUUGGUUUGGUGUUACACCCGAGCCUGUAGCAAACCAAAUUGCGUACGAGCUCUCUGAGGAUCAUUACGACCCAGAAAAGACCAUUCUCAUCGAUGCGUUUGGCGGUGCUGGAGGUAAUACCAUUGCGUUUGCUCUGUCAGAGCGAUGGAGUCGCAUAAUUGCUAUUGAACGAGAUCCUGCAACUCUUGCGUGUGCCCAGCACAAUGCCGAAAUAUACGGCGUUGAACCAGGUUCAGUAACUUGGAUUCUCGGUGACAGCUUUGAGUAUCUUGACCAGCUGGUUAAUAGCCCGGAAAAGCUACACCCAGACCUCAGAGUUGAUUUGCAGACCACGAUGGUGUUUGCCAGCCCUCCUUGGGGAGGGCCUGGGUAUAGAACCGAUGAGAUAUUCGACCUGAGCACUAUGCAGCCAUACAGCUUGAAUCAGCUGCAUGAAGCGUAUAAGAAAAUGGAUCAUGUGCUAUUCCUUCCGAGGACAAGCGACAUUCGUCAGAUUGCGAAACUCGCGCCCGAGGGGGAAAAACUUGAAGUCAUCCAAUACUGCGCAGAAGGGGCCAGCAAGGCCAUGGGCGUCUAUAUACCAGCAGAGAAACCGCCAGCAUCUAGCGACUGA